AUGGCAUCAACCGUCACCCUGAUACUUUACAUCUUCCUAUUUAUCACCCCAUUAAUACAAGCAGAGCGCAACCAUCCCCUCCUAUCCGACUUCGAUGCCCUGGGCACAUGGUUCGACGGCGUCGCGGCAAUCAACCACACAAACAAUGAAACACCUGCAUCAAAAAACACAUCCAUCGCCAUCGUCGGCGCAGGAAUAUCCGGCCUAACAACCGCCCUCCUCCUCGACAGCGUAGGCAUCCACAACUGGGAAAUCAUCGAAGCAAGUAAUCGCGUUGGCGGACGAAUCCGGACAAAGUACCUCGGGGGAACGGAGGAAUGGGCGGAGAUGGGGCCGAUGAGGAUUCCGCACCGGGUGAGGUAUGAAGAUGGCGAGGUGGUCGAGUUUAGCGAUCACAAGAUGGUGUUUGAGGUGGCGGAGAUGUUGAAUGAGAUGAAUGGGGUCGAUGGGGAGUGGAGGGUGGACUUUAUUCCGUUUGUUGAGCAUAGUGAGAAUGAGCUUCGGGGUGGUCGAGAUACGAAACGGCAUACGGAUGGGAGAAUACCGACACGAAAAGAAGUCAAGACAGAUCCAUCGUUGCUGGAAUCGAGGCCAAAGUCGGAAGAAUACGAACGGACUGAAGCAGCGAUGGGCGAGAUUCAACGAAACAAGACUACCAUGAAGCAUAUCCAGAAAGAUGUACACCGUGCGCAUCGCGCGGCCAUGGAUGAGGGCCUCGAUGACUGGGACCAGCAAGGAAUGAUGCAUCACGUCUUCAACGCCAGCGCGAACAUCACUGACGAGAUCCUUACGGCAAACUUUCAAUCGUCCAUCUGGGACACGAUGUACUUGUACGCACAAUUCGGUCUGGGCGAUACAAAAGACGAGCUGAGCAUCGAAUGGAAAUGUGUGGAUGGAGGAUUUAAUCGUCUGGCAGAUGCGUUUCUUCCGCAUAUACGAGAUCGAUUGACGCUGAAUCGGAAGAUACGGAAACUUGAAGCUCUCCAAGAGGGAAACAGGGUGAAGACAAAGCUGUCGUGGUAUCCCAGCGUUACAAACAGAACAGCCCAGUCUAAGGAGUACGACUACACUAUCAUGGCGGUCCCAUUCACAAUGACUCGAUUCAUGGAUCUCCCCAAAUUCUCAUCUGCUCUCGAUCGAGCAACCAGCGCAGGUGGACUCCGUUUCGGGCCAGCCUGCAAAGUCGCCCUGUUAUUCUCAGAACGGUUCUGGGAGAAAGGAGAAAGGCCUAUCUUUGGGGGAUACUCGGAGACAGUCGAUCCAGCCGUGGCAGCAUUACACUAUCCCGUGUAUGGAUGGAAUCAGUCUCGCCCGGGGAUAAUCUUCAGCUAUCAAGAUGAAUUGUACGGCGAUAUUCUCGUGAGCCUGUCAGAUGAGGAACAUGUGCAGACGGUGCUCGACUCAGCGGUUGAUCUCCACGGUGAACAAGCAAGGGAUCUGUAUACAGGGCACUACGAGCGUCUCUGCUGGUUGCAAGAUGAACAUACAGCGACGGCAUGGUGCCAUCCAGACGUUGGCCAGCACAAACUGUACAUACCAGCGUUUCAUCGAACGGAAUAUAACACCAUCUUCAUCGGGGAACAUACGGCGGUAACACAUGAUUGGCUUAGUUCGGGGAUACUGUCGGCGGUUCGAGGGUCGAUUCAGCUACUCUUGGAGUUGGGGUUGGUGGAUGAAGCGAAAGAGUUGAAUCGGAGAUGGAUGGGGCGGUGGAUUAAGCAUGAAGAAAGGAAAUGA